CGGGAGCGCGCGGCGUGGCGCGGCCGUUUAAUUCUCCGGCGGCGGCGGCGGCGGCGGCGGCGGGCGGGCCGCGAUGGUCCCGAGCGGGCUGAUCGCGAAGCUGGGCCACCGGCUGGCGGAGAUCCGCGCGCGCGCGCUCCGGAGCGUCCUGUGCAAGCUGGAGCGCGGCCUGGCGAGCCCCGGGGACCUGGCGCGGGACCGGCGGCUCCUGGCGCUCCUGCUGCGCUGGUUCACCUUCCCCAGCGCGCCGCUGCCCGCCGACGCGCUGCGCCUGCUGCGCCGCCUGGUGCAGUACCCGGCAGCAGUCCAGCACCUGGUGGAGCUUGGUGCCGUUGAGUUCUUAUCUAGACUCCGAGGUAAUGUGGAGCCCAGCCUGCAGGCCGAGAUCGAUGGCAUUCUGGAUGGACUUUUUAUCCUUCCUCCAGACGCGCCCGUGCUGUGCUCGACCUCUCAGCAGACCACCGGUCAAACAGAACUGCCGCCGCAGUGUGCAGCCUUCACGGGCUACUUCCCCCCGGAGAGCCACGGUCAGUGGACGGAGGCGCCUCCCCGGGCCGCGGGCCAGGCCGUGAGCUGCGUGAAGUUCUCUGUGUUCCCGUGGCUGCCGCUGACGGCCACCGACAGACACGUGCUGUCCUCCCACGACAGCUCUCUGAGGAGCAGCAACCACACCUUAAUCUGGAACACCUGCGAGCUCCUCAAGGACGUCAUCAUGCAAGACUUCCCCGCUGAGAUCUUCCUCCAGAGGCCGAAGAUCGUGCAGAGCCUCCUGUCGCUGCUGAAGCACCGGCUGGCCCUGCAGGCCGUGUCCUGCCUGCAGCAGCUCUGCACGGGUCUCCGCUCCCGCCUCAGCUGCCACCGCGACCCCGGCUUCUUCUCCAGCAAGCAAGACACGGUGUCGCAGAACUCCUCCCUGUCCUACUGCCAGGACGCGCGGGGCGCCCCACCCUCUCGGAACCCUUCCCUGGGCAGCAGCAGCCCGCGGCCAUCGGUCGUCGGACGCACCGGUCAGCGGCCCCGCGGGGAUGGCCAGGACUGGGACGCUGGCUCUUCCAGCGGCGGCAGCAGCCGCGCCCACGGCGACUCCCGGCUCUCUGGCCACUCCCCGUCGGACCUGGCGCCCCUGGAGCUGCCCGAGCUGGACACGGGGCUGGGCGCCCUGGAGCUCCAAUGCCAGCAGCUCAGCCUGCCCCAGCUCUGCGUGUCCAUCCUGGAAGCGGCCACCCCGCUGCUGCGCACGGGUAGCAGGCAGAUGAUAAUAAGAGUCCUGGAAUUGCUGGCGGAGGAUUUGAUACUGACGGGUGAAGCGAUCUCGGCAGAUGUCUGGGAUGACAACAGUCUGUUUGCUAUUGAUAUGAGAGAGCGCCUGCUGGCUGUGCUGAGCUCCCUGGGGGACACGCUGUGCCACCACCAGAGCCGCGCCCACGCGGGCCCCCACGAGGGCCCCCACGAGGCUGUGCGGGUGCACCACCGGAUGGCCUUCGUCAGCGCCUCGCUGCUCGCUCUGCGGCUGCUGCAGACAGUGCUCCCCGUGGAGAAGGCGAGCCGCUUCCUGCCGGAGUCCAUGUCGGCUGCCCUGUUCCUGGUCGCUCUGGACUUGCCCCUGUCCCUGGAGUACCCGGGCGAGCACGCUGCCGCGCUCGCCUACCUGGAGCAGCUGGACUCGGACAGCUACAGCGUCUACACGCGCGCCGCCCAGGCCGUGCGCUCCAUCGAGUGCGCCUGCAGCUUCCUGGCCGACGCGGGGAGGGAGGGCGAGAAGAAUCUCUUAGAGUUGGUGGAGCUGGCGGACCACGCCCUGCGGAGCUUUUCCUACCAUCAGCACUUCGCCCUAAUAACGGAAAUCAUCUGCAUUUGUUCAAAGAUCUGGAAGUCGGCCCAGGCCAGCCCGCUGCUGCGGGGCGAGAGCCAGAAGGUUCUGCUGCGGCUGCUGUCACACCCCACGCCGCAGGUGCGGGCCGAGACCUACCGCUGCUGCCUGGAGACCGUCAAGGAGUGCUUAGGCAUCCAUAACGUCAGCAAGCCCGUGUCGUCACUCUGUACUGGGAUUCAUUUUCUCCUCCACCCGAAAGUCCUUUAUGAGAUUUCUGCAUUUGGCCUCCAAGAACCCCAGAACGAGGUGCAGGCCGCGGCCAGGGCCAUCCUGACGUACCUGCUGCAGGGCCGGCUGAUGAUGACGGCGCCCACCUGGAGCAGGUUCAUCGAGUCUCUGUGCCCCGUCAUCCCGGUGCUGCAGGGCUAUGCCGACACCGAGGACCCCCUGGGCAGCUGCAUCCUCCUCCUGAGCAAGGCCAGCUCCGAGGCGGGCGGCGGCGUCCUGCCCCCGCCCGUCUGGCUCAAGUUCAUCCUGCGGCUGCUGCUGGUCAGGAAGCCCAACGUGCGCUUGCUCGCCUUGAAGUACUUGGCGACUCACCUUGCCCGGGAAGAAGGGGCCGAGGGAAAGCGGCCUCUGGUCGAUGCCCGGCUUCUCUCCAGAGCGACGGAUUUGUUCAUCGUGAGGAGGCCCCUGGAACUCCGGCUGGACGACCGGAAAGAGCUCAUCAUCAAGGUGGAGACAGUUGAGAAGGUAUAUGGCAUCUUCGUCUCGAACGACGUGGAUCUCGUCGUGAGAAAGUCGGCGGCCGAGCAGUUAGCGGUCAUCCUGCAAGAUAUUAAAAUGCAUAGUAUGGUGAAAAAGUCGUGCUUGAUUGACAAGAUACUCGAGUAUCUGAGUGAAUGUGUGGAUCGGGAUGGCAAGCUGCUGGAGUGCCUGGUGCCGCCCAGCCUCACGCUCCUGAGGAAGGUCCUGUGCGCCGACGGGGCCCUGCGCCUCUCGCUCUCUCAACAGCCCACUCUCCUGACCGCUCUGCUCCGAGUCUCCUUGAUCUUCCACGAAGACAGUGCUGUCGUGACUGAAGUCGGAGCUCUGUUUUGUCUCCUGUUGUUUGACGAAGUCUCGAGAAUGGACGUGUGGUCCCUGGACCCGCCCCCCGACGCUCCCACGCCCGCGCCCGCCGCCGUCUUCAGCUUGCCUGUGUCCGUUUUCAGAAGGUACCACCUGCCCAUCCACGUCCUGGGGCACCACGCCGUGAGCCCCUACGCCAUCGUCCUGCCGCUCUCCGCCGACUGCCUGGCCUCGAAGCCCGUCUCGGACAUGCUGCGACUCGCCUGGAACCUCGCGUGGUACCGCGGCAGCGAGAACCUGCUGAAGCAGCUCGACUCGGAGCCCCAGCGCCCGGAGUUCCUGGGUGCCUUGAGGCUGUCUGCGGAGGACGCCCUGGCCCUGAGGGCCACGCACACGGCCAUUGGCCUGCAGGACUGCGUCCGCGCCAUCUCUCAGGCUGCAGUCCACCGGGAGGUGCGGGCGGCCGUCACCAGGAUGAGCUUCUACCUCUUCAACGACAAGUGGUCCUCCAGGGACGCCGGUGGUCGCUGUGGGGCAACACUAAAGUCGCUGGAUUGGCACGUGGUGCUGGACAGGUUUCUCCAGGUGCUUCCUGCUUGCACCGAAGAUGAGAAGCUGCUCAUAGACAUUGUGCACUUCUUAAGUAAGCUGUUGAAGGAGCAGAGGAAGAAUCCAUCGGUUCAGCUGCUCACCUGGCUUUUGGAAUCCCUGCUCCGGCCUAGUCCGAAUCCCCUCUUAGACCUGCUGGUCCCGGCAGAGUCCCAGGCGCGGGAGGAGACAGAUGACGUGCGGACAGCCGUCCGGCAGCAGCUGCAGAAGGAGCUGGUCGCAUUCUUCAACACCCUGCUGCUCGCCUUUGAUGCCGUCUCUGACAGGAGGUGCCUGGAGCUGCUUCGCGCCUUCCAGACGCAGCUGGGCCUGCAGCUGCUUCAGCGCCUGCGGGUCAGCGCCGCGCCCCACUUCUACGGGCUGCCGGCCCUCGAGAGGACCCUGUGCGCCCUGGCGCACCUCACCGCCUGCCCGGGCUGGAGCGCCCACUCCCCGCACACGCAGCCCCUCGACAUCUGCGAGAAGUACCUGGCGGGACUCCUGGAGGUGGUGACCUCCUUCUACGUGGAGCGCGGCGGGAACGCCAUGUCGUUCAUGGGCAAGGGCGUCACCAAGAGCACCGUCCUCUGCCUGCUGCAGCUGUCCCACGAGAUGCUGGCGCAGGCCCCGGCCCAGGACUGGAUGUCACGGUGGUUCCUGCCGCUGGGUGGCCCCGGGGAGGACCAGGCUCCGGGCCAGCAAGGACUCAUGUGGCUGAUCCCCCUGUGGGUGGACCGCGACCCAGAGGUCAGGUUCACCUCGCUGGCCUUGGGAGCGGCGCUGACCACCCUGGACACGGGCUGUGUGGCCCUGGCCAGCAGCUGCCAGAACAUUUCCGGAGGGCUCUGGGGAACCGUGCUCAGCAUCCUGCUGGACCAGGCCGAGUGCAGCAUGGCACGCCGCGAGGCCGCGUUUAUUCUUCAGAAUCUCCUUGUAAUUCCCAUGCCGUCUGAAAGUCUGAAGGAUUAUACUUGGCAGGGCCCUUGUGUCCAUGACGAGGAUUCGGGCCUGUCUCUCGUGGGCACACCUGCCCUCCAGGCGCUCCUGAGCCACUGCCGUUUCUAUGAGCACCUGCAUCAGAUGGUGAAGCACCGCUUCCUGGCACCCUCCACGUGUGAUUCGGUUCCCGCGGCUCCGGAUGACACUGCAGAAGGCCACGGUGAUUCCGACGGUUUGGACGACUCGUUCAAGUUCUGGUGGGCUCCAGCUGGGAUAUCCGCUCACGAUCAAGAUCCGGCCUCUCUCUCGACCUCGGAAACAAUGGUGACGCCUCCCUCCGGAAGUGCCGAGUUCCAGCCGCUGCUCCUGCCCGAGGCCUCACAGCACCAGUUUGGGACUCAAGGCCAGCCCGGCACGGCGUCGCCCUGGCUUCCCCGGGACUCAUCGCUCUCGGUCCCUGCGCCCAGACCCCGCGUGCUGGUGACGCCCCCGCUGCUGUCGGCCGUGUGCAGCCUCCUGGACAGCCUGGUGGCCGUCAUGCCCAGUCACACCGCCAGUGCCCUGCGCCAAGCCCGGCUCGUCGAGCUGCUGUGCAGCACUGCAGAGGCCGCCCCCCUGCACGCCCGCCUGCAGGAGCUCCGGGCCUCGCCGCCCGCCUCGUCCUCCCGGGAGCACUGCCGGGCCCAGGCGUCCUUCCUCCUCGAGUUCCUGUCCGCCCUGUCCAGGCUCCUGCAGUCCUGUUUGCUGGUCGAUCCCGACCUUGUGGUGCAGGCGGAGCUUCUGAAACGCCUCACGAGAACCGUCCUGGGGGUCCUCACCGUGGGCACCAAGGACGUAGCCGAUGCAGAACUAGGACCUGCGUUUCACCACGCGUGGACGCAUCUGUUUAACCUCCUGGCGGCUCUUCUGCGCAAGGCCGGCGCGGCCGCACUCCCAGCCCUGACCCUGGGGCUGGCCGAGCACUGGGCGCCCGCCGUCGAUCUGUUCUGCCACUGUGUGGGCCUGCGUGCCGGGUGCCCCGCGCUGUCCAGCGCCUGCCUGCAGUUCCUGUCCGUCCUCUGCACCCAGGAAGCAAAGCGGCUCCUCCAGACCAAGGAGAAGGCGCAGGCGACGCACAGCCCCACGCUCGGGGCGCUUCUCGACGGGACCGGGGAAGGCCAGGGCUCUGCCGAGCAGCUGAGUGAAGUCAUCCUCCAGUGCUAUGAAGGCACGUCGGCCCGAGACAGCCUGCGGAGGGCCGCUGCGGGCGCCCUGCUGUCCCUCCUGGCCGUCAGCCGCAGAGCGCAGGAGCACGCGCUGGGAGCCGGUCUGAUAGACAAUUGCCUGGCGCAGAUGAAGGACCUCAGCGCGCAGCUGCACCUCGAGUCCCUGAGGCCUGGGAAGGCCACGCUGAAGAAAAGGGACGAUGGCCUCGGGAGAGAGUUGGGCACGGCCAUGCAGCUCCUGAGGAACUGUCUCUACCAGAACAGAAGCUGUAAGGAGGCGGCUCUCCAGGCUCAGCUCGUCCCGGUCCUGCACGCUCUCUGGCCGUGGCUCCUGAUGGACGACUCGCUGAUGCAGAGCGCCCUGCAGCUCCUGUGUGUCUACACCGCCAACUUCCCCAGCGGUUGCAGUUCCCUCUGCUGGUCGGGGGCCGGGCCGGCGGCCUGCAGGGGGGCGGCUGGCAGCUCGCUGAUGCAGUGCCUCCUGAAGCUGGCUUCUCAGAUGCCGCUGGAGAACAGCACGGUGCAGCAGAUGGUCUUCAUGUUCCUGUCCAACCUGGCCUUGUCCCACGACUGCAAGGGGGUGAUUCAGAAAAGCAACUUCCUGCAGAACUUCUUGUCCCUGGCGCUGCCGAGGGCCGGGAGCCGGCACCUGAGCAACCUGACGGUGCUCUGGCUGAAGCUGCUGCUCAACAUCUCGCUGGCGGAGGACGGGCAGCAGAUGAUCCUGCGGCUGGACGGCGGCCUGGACCUGCUCUCGGAGAUGAGCCGCUACGAGCACAAGGGCGCCCCCUACCUCCCGCUGCUCAUCUUCCACAACCUCUGCUUCAGCCCCGCCCACAAGCCCCGGAUCCUGGCCAACGAGAAGGUCCUGCACGCGCUGGCCGCCGGCCUGGAGAGUGAGCACCAGGACGCACAGCGCAUCGGCGCCUCGGCCCUCUGGGCUCUGGUCCACAACUACCAGAAGGCCAAGUCCGCUUUGAAACACCAGUCGAUAAAACGAAGAGUGGACGAAGCGUACUCCUUAGCGAAGAAAACUCUCUCCCAGGCGGAGGAAACGCCUCUCAACGCCUACUACUUGAAAUGUCUGGGCAACCUGGCACAGCUGCUGAACUCGUCCUGA